AAAUGGAAAAAAAUAAAAUAAUUUUUCAAUCCGAGUAAAAUAUUUAAAACUAAAAAAUAUUAAAUAAACAAAUACAUUUAUUAUAUUCAAGGCAAUUGUGCAAAUAUCAAGAAAUCGAGAAACUUUCUCAAGUUUGUGACUUUGUGAAAAAUAUUAGUGCAAAAAUAAGGAGGAAGGAAGUACAAGAAUAUUACGCAUGCAAAAAAAAAAAACGCAUCGAUAAAGGACUAAAAAUAAUUACAUUUACAUUACAUUACUACAGUUAAAGAGUUAAAAAAGUUAAAGAGAAAAGAAAACUAGUGUAAACGAAAAAUUAACAUACUGAAAUAAUAAAAGUGCAUUUCUAUACUUACAAACGUCCUUUCUCAUACAUACAGUCUGCAAAAAAAACAACGCCUGUUUUGACGGCAUAAAUAAUCCUGGAUUUUAUCGUUGGUUAAUAGGAUCAUUUUUAUAAAAAUAAAUUAUUGAUUCAACUCAACUUUGUUGAUAUCUUCUGCAUUCAAUCCUUGGCAAAACGGCAACAAUAACGUUUCCCAAGCAGAAAAACCAUCAAAGGAAGCGGUCUUCGAAAGAUCCUCCUAUGUACGUUAAUACGGGUGGGGGUGGGAAGACGCAGCAGCAGCAGCCGUUACAAAAUCAAACAAACGCAUCAGUUCGUCAUAAUAACCCAUACCAACAUUCGAUUACCCACACACAACAACAACAACAGCCGCAUUAUGAGCAUCACCAAGGACCUGUUACAUUUCUUACAUAUCCAAUCUGUAAUGUUACUUCAGCACCUCAUGGCAAUGCAGGUGGUAAUGGUGUUAGUGUUGGCGGCGGACAAGCUGGACAUGUCCUCUUUCAGGCUUCACAUCAACCACAAUCACAGCCACAUCCCGCACAACAGCAGGUCGGAUUACACAAUGCUGAACACCCAUUGCACUAUUUUACAAAAAGUGUUCCUUUGCCGCCACAUCACCUGCAUCAUCCAUCGCAGCAGCAUUCUCAAAUAAGAAAUAUGAUAGCAGCCGCAUCCCAUCAGCGUCAGCCAUUUGUGGUAUCCCCCAACUAUUUUACUUUAUCACAUGCUAUAUUGCCACAACAAACGCGUGCACCUCUCCUCACAAAUGCUGCUCCUCAACAUGCUGUGGCAGCGGCCAGUGGUGGUUCUGUACCAACACAACUCCAAAAUACUACGCCCAGAAGUGUAGCUCCUAGUGGACCAACGGCGUAUGUUCCCCCACCAUACUGCACGCCACCACUACUGUUGGGUGCUGCACCAACGCCCGUUACGCCACAACCAGCACCUAUGUUAACAGCAGGUAAUGGAAUGGGACAACCGCCAACUCUACAAGCGUACGGCCACAUGAGCGGAGGAAUACCAACCGGAUCACCUUCAUCCGCACCAUUAAAUAUGCAAGCUGUUGGAUUAGGAGUGGGAGUGGGAGUUUCAUCAAACACUGAACACAGUACGAACACAAAACAACGAAAACAUGCAAUACCAAUUAUAAAUCCUGAUACCAUGGAAAUUGUUACAUUUGAACAUUUGGCUGAGGUUCAAACCCAACCGCAAAUUCAAACAAAAAGUGAAAUAAUUGUAGAAUCAGUUUCAAUACAAACUGACAAUGACAAGUCUUUAACUGCCUCGGUAGCAAGUGAUCCGUCGGAUGUUGUGCUACCAACACGUUGUUCGCAGUCGAUCUCUGCAACAGACACUGAUAAAAUCGAACAUCAAUUGCAAUCUGAAGAAGAUAAUUAUGAUGUAGUCAAGCACACCAGUGAUUUGGCAAUAGAAACAACCACAACGGUCCCUGUAGCUAACACCCCCACACAAUCAUUGCAUUCUGGUAGUGAAUCCCUAAAAGUAGUAGUUUACGAAGAUCCCAAUGACACAGAUGCCGACACUAACGAACACGAGUUGGACAACGAAGACGAUGUUAUUGAUACAACCGAUGGAAAUAUGUCUAUAGCGUGUUUUGAUCAGGAAUUACCAGUGAGUCUUCAACCAAUAGAGCAACAGCCCGAAGAAAUGCCUGCUACCGAUUUAUUUGUAAUGCAUACAGGAGAAUCUGAUACUGAUCUUUCAGUUGAAACAGAGGUCAAAUCAAAAGAUGAACCUUGCACAAUAUCGGUACCAACUUCCUUAGAAAGAAAAGAUGAAGUGCAAACCAAAGAAAUUCAACAAGACUUGCAGCCUUCAGUUUCUUCUUUUGUUGCCAGCGAGCCAAAAAGAGGAGGAGGAGGUGGUCGUAAAAAUAAAAAAGCGAAACGCAAAGAAAAAUUCCAAAAGAAAUUAAAGCAGCAGCAAAACAAAUCCAUCAGUACAUCCACACAGCAUGAUGAAAAUUGCACUACUACUAUUUCAAAGACUAUUGGCUCUGGUAAUAAAACUAGCGAAUUGAAAAACGAAUCCGAAGAAGAACCCCAACAUACAUUUAUUCGUUACUCUUUGGAGGAGCUUAAAGCUUUUGCCAAAUCACCCGAAUCGCGUAAAACGCCAGUUGUACCCUGCCAAAAGGGAGACUGUAUUUCGCAGCUAUUUGUUGCUCGCCAGCAACAUCAUCAUCAUCAUUUAACGCAACAAGUUGGACAAAAUUUAAAUACAAUUAAUCUGCAACAUCAAGUGCAACAAUCGUACCAUCAAAUGAAUUUCAAUGAAUCCAUUGAAUUUGUAACAGGCAAACGACGUGUAGCUGCUACUGGUGGUGUCAUACCAAGAAAACACCAUGAUCAUCACAAUAAUGCUGCCUCUACUGGUAAUAUUAAUGUUGCCGGUCUAUCAGUAGCCCCAGGAUCAGUUGGUGUUGGUGGCAAUACGCAACAAAUGCAGAAAAAAAUGCAGGUUAUACGCAUUAACUUGUCCUUGAAUGAAGAAAUAAAACUGUCGAAGUGCGAAAAUGCUUGGCAGCCAAAAUUUUUAUCCAAUAAUUCGAAUAAUAAUUCACCUACAACAGAACAGGUUAAAGAUGAUGAUGACGAUAUUGAAGAUGUCUUGAAAAAAGUGCGGGGAAUUCUCAACAAACUGACAUCAGAAAACUUUGACGUUUUAUUAAAAGAAAUGACUAGCAUCACAAUUAAUACGCAAGAAAAAAUGCAAAAAGUAAUGCUAUUAAUAUUCGAAAAAACAGUUAGCGAGCCAAAUUUCGCUCCUACUUAUGCGAAAUUUUCAAAAGUUUUAUUCGAAGAAGUCAAAGCAGAAAGCAAAAAAGUAUUCAAUGCCCUUUUAAUAAAAAGAUUGCAGACUGAAUUUGAAUUAAAUGUAAACAACGCGGAUGCAAAGGAGCGAAAAUUGCAACAAAUUAUUGAUAAAUUAAAUGAAACAACGGAUCAGCAGGAAAAAAAUGAAUUGCAAGCAGAAUUGGAACAUCAGGAGUAUCAAUUUCGACGUCGUGCGUGGGGCACCGUGCGUUUUAUUGGUGAAAUGUAUAAAUUACAUUCUCUGACUGCUGAUCGUGUGCUGCAAUGCGUGGAGUCAUUACUAGAACAUGGCAAUGAAGAGAAAUUGGAAUACAUGUGUAAGUUAUUGACGACUGUGGGCAACCUUCUGGAGAGCAAUGAUGCAGAGUCUUUCGGUAAUAAUCUAAGAAUGAAUAAAAUUUUUGCAAAAAUACAAACUAUUGUCAAGGAGGCUAGGGAACCUGGCAACAAGAAAAUCAAAAUAUGUAGCCGCGUACGUUUCAUGAUGCAAGACUUGAUAGAUUUAAGAUCUAGAAAUUGGGGUCAAUCAACUAAUCCUCAUAGUAGCCAUAUUGCACUGCGUAGACGACAACCAGAGGAUAGAAACAGUAACUUAUCGUCCGCUUCCUUAAAUAGCUACGAUAGAGGUUCUUCGCAACGCAUGUCCUUUGGCAAUAAUAACCGACAUAACCAAACACGCACGAAAGACUCCGGUGGUAGCGGAAGUGGUGGUGGUAACUAUUUCAUACAAAAACCACCAAAAUCACAAUAUCCGGCUCAACGAGAACAGCAUAGUAUUGAUUUGAAAAAGUUGAAUUUCUCCCGGGGCGACGAGUCUUCACAAGCAACUACCAAGUUAGGAAAUAGUUCGAUAUACAUGUGGCGUACUACAGCUGGACGACAAACAUACCAAGCCAGUGAUUCACAGCAAAGCGGUCGAACUUCACCCACAUCUUUACAAUUAAAUAACAGCACGCACCAAUUGCAACAAAAACAGCAACAGCCGGCCCAAUAUUGGAGUGCUAAAAACCAAAAUUCAAAUUCAGACAUAAAAGCAAUACUGACAUCUUGCUCUAACAAGGACAAUCAGAAACUACUUAAUCACCUCAUGGAAGAAUAUUUAGAUUGUCUGCCAUCCCGGAACAACAGGUGGCGCGAAGAAGUACUCAAAACUUGGAAAAAUACUAGCAAUAAGCAGCAAAUAUGUUUAGUAUAUCACAUUUUAUUAGACUAUUUGCAUUUAGCUGCCGUAAAACGUUUAGAAAGAAAUGCCUGCGCAAACAUUUUCGUGUAUCUCAUGUCUUGUAAUGCAUUUAAUAAGACCACAUUUAAACAAGUUUACGAACCAUUUGCCCAAGAAUUUCCCGACUUGUUAAUGGAUGUGCCCAAUGGCUGCAUGUACGUGUUUGAAUUCUUGGGGCCCAUUCUACAUGAACGCUUAAUAAAUUUCAGAGAUAUCUGGCACACAAACUGGCGCAGUGAUCAGCUAUUUACCGAACGCUUUGUUAACGCUUUUGUGGUUUACUUUACCAAAGAGUUUGGCGCCAACUACAUGAGAGACUUGUGGCACAAUGAAUUUAAACUCGAUAGAGGCCAACUGUUCAUGAGUGAUCAACAACAUUGGCGGCAAUUUGUUGCGCACAACAAAUUACAAUUCCUCUACGACUGUAAGGCAAAGCCUGAAAUCACACCCAAAAAUGCCAACACUAAUAACAAUAAUAAUAGUUCAACAAUAGUGAAUCAACAUGUGCAGCGUUUAGAAGUACUUCUAAGUUCUCCCAAUGACUCGAAUUUAGCCUUAGACUAUAUCAACACUAAUGUAAAUAUAAAUAAUAAUUUUGUAAAAAACCUAACACGAUUACUUUGCUGUGAUUAUGCCACCACGACUAAGACGAUAGUGGCAGUGCCAGGCUCGUCUCGGACAAGUAGCGCUACCACAAGUAAAAACAGUAGUACCUGCAGCAACACCAGCACCAGCAGUAGUACGAAAACCACAGAUUUACCUAGUAAUAGUAACAACACAAAGAAACCCCAAUUGAAUGUCAAUGCAUUUCGUAAAACUUGUUUACCGCUACUACGACUAUGCCUCGAUGGCCACGAAGACCAUGAGCUGACUUGUCUCGACUCGGUUUUGGAUGCCAUACAGGAAGAGUACGACACAAACACCGCCAAUGAAUUAAUUUGUGGCAUUUUUGAUAUACUUUACGACUGUGAGGUAAUAGCAAAAGAAUCAUUUGAAAAGUGGUAUAAACAACGCCAGCAGCAUCAGCAAGACCACCAGAAACAUGUAGUGAAUUCAACGAAUCAAAUAAAACAGCCGCCCUUAAGUGCUCAUUUAGAGGCCUACAUGCAGAAGCUACUCUAACAAAGUAAACAUGAUGCUGAUGGCGGCGAUAUUGAUUUUAACAAAAAUCCACAAUAAACUCAAAAAAUGCAAACCAACAAAUUGUUUAUUGGCUGCAACUUAUUUUUAUUUUAAGUUUAUUCUCUUAUUUGUUUUUUAUUGUUAGGAUCCACACAACACACAACUAUUUUAUAAAACAAAAAUUAAACUCAGAAUCCUUAAGAAAAU